CAUCAGCGGGUUAGAUCGUGCUACGGAGCGCUCCGUAGCACUCUGUAACCAUGUGUAAUGAAUUACGUUUCCCUGAUGUGGCGUGCCCCACUCCGCUGCCAUAUAAAUAAUGUGAUCAAUCCACAUGCAUGAAGGCAGACUGAUCUUGUUAUCACUGUUAUUCUCAACAUCAUACCAUAUCAUACAAAUCACUAUGGCUGAGCGUUGUGCAGCUGAAGGUUGUACCAGUUGGGCUGUUAGCGCUAGUCGGUACUGUGAUCAGCACAAGCCUGCUGGAGCGCCGCGUGACCCUCAGAUUCGCAAGACAUGGAAAGGCCUGUCUCAUUUCAGCCUUAUCGGCUUCGGGAAACUCGUCGGGUAUUGAGCAUGACUCCGCCAAUGGCACGUGUAAGCAUCUGCAGGAUUGUUGCCAGUAAUUUUGGGUCUUGUAGUGUCAGAUUCUCUCGACCUCAUAGAGAAAUGUUACCGUCGUCACCCAGAGACAUACAUCAGAGAACUGGUGAACAAAUGAGAAUGACAUAUAUAGCGAUAUAUAGUCCAUAAUCACAAGCAUCGGCAUAAUUUUGUUAUCGACCAUCACAUUAUAAUAUUUGGCCUUAUACCGGAAA